AAAUCUUUUUCCACCAUAUGGCGACAACGUCUCACACGUUGCGCGAGCCAGUCAGAAGGUCUCCCUCCGUUCCUCACCUGGUAUAGAGUAACGUGCACCAUGCGUUGGGAGCGACGCUCGCUCUCAGCCGCUCUCAAUGAUUCCGGGCCACACCACCUCUCACAGAGAAUGGGGUACGCCCAAGCAUAUCCGCCGCACUCGCAGACAUGUCGGCACUCGCUAGGCUACAUCAUAGAGUACGGAGACAGCAUCCAUGACUGUCUUAGCCGUUGUACCGCAGCAUGCUUCACAAAGGAACAACGUUCACCACGAACCACGAUCAAGCCAUCCAAAAUCUCCAACACAGAUUAGCCACAUCGCGCGAAGCGUUGCGCAUCAGGAAGAGCGUGACGGGCUGGUGGUGGAGCUAGCGCAGCGAAUGACGAACCAGGAUUCAUCACUCGCACUACAUCUUCUUACAGCAACACCAGUGUCUCGGGUCGCCGUGCGCACGCAAUCACGGACUCGUGAUCUCACGUCGAAUUUAGAAGAGCAGUCGCCGUACAGGAAUAGUGCCGCCGAGGUGAUCUGCCUGCUGAAGGCGCCCGAAGACGGUCCAAGCAACCCGGAAUCACACCUCCCACAAUUCCGCCGCUCACCAAAGCUUCGCUACCAUCACGGCAAAGUGUUUCGGCAUCAAGCGCACAAAGAUCGCCAUCAUGGCGUUGAACAUCCGCCUACAAAGCCGGCCUAACAACGAAGCGAAAACCAGGACUGCACUAGCCGUCCUUGCAUGCGAUGAGCUUCUAUACCCAGAGAUGCUUGAGUAAAGCCUAACGAGCCUUCUUGUCCAAGUACAGCGUUUCGAGCCAGCGAACUAGCCGUGGAAUGGCGAUCGCUGCUCAAAAUCGGCUCUUCAAGA